UAGAGACUAGAGAGACAUACAGGUGGCAGGGAAGGCGCGCGCUUCCUCCUGCCGCCGCGAACAAAAUUCCUUGCUUCCCCGGCGGCAGCUCGAAUCGGAAUACCCAUUUGUCCAUCCUCGCAAGCACCCUUCCACCUCCUCUUCUUCCAAUGGCGUAUAAAUCGUGUCCGAGCCCAUCAGCCCACCGUGCCCCCCACCAUCAUGUUUGUGGCGAUGGCGACGGCGACGGCCUCGAGGUCGACGGUGGUGAGGCGGAGGCGGAACGCGCUGGCACAGACGCUGGCGUCGCGGAGGCUUCCGGAGGGCGUGGCGGAGCCCGGGGAGCGGGUGCCCGAAGCCUUGGCCCCAGAGGUGAUGCCAUUCAUCCGCGCAGCCGACGAGGUCGAGCUGCUCAACUCGCGGGUCGCGUUCCUCUAUAUGCCUACAAGAAAGUUCAAAGAAUGGAUCCAUCAUCCAUCCAACGUGGGGUUCGGCAGUUCAAAACAUACAUGUCACUUAAGCUAGAUCAGGAUGACAUGCAAUUUCCUUUAAAUGAUUCAAAGGAGAUCCAACGAUUUUAUAAGUACUACUGUGAAAAUUUGAGCAGAACCUCUGAAAAACAGAACUUUGAGGAAUUGGCUAGAUAUUACCAAGUGGCGUCUGCUCUUUAUGAAGUGUUAAGAGAUGUAACAAACAACAAGGUUGAUUCUGAGGUGAUGAAACGUGCUAAAGUAGUAGAGGAAAAGAGUGCUCAUUUCAAGAGUUACAAGUACAACAUAGUCCCCCUCAAUUUUCCUGGUUCUGCAGAAGCAGUUGUGGAACUCCCGGAGAUAAAAAGUGCUAUAGAUGUAAUACGUAACAUAGACGGUCUUCCAAAGCUACAGAUGUCUUCAAUGCAAAGGGAAGGAAAACCUAUCUGGGAUUUACUUGACUGGCUUUCGCUAGCAUUUGGAUUUCAGAAAUCGAAUGUGGAAAAUCAGAGAGAAAAUAUGGUGUUACUGCUUGCAAAUAUUAGCACAAGGACCUCAGGACAGGAAGGGCAUCCUUUGGUCGACACUGUGAAUGAUUUGUGGGACAAAAUAUUUGGAAAUUAUGGAUCAUGGUGUCACUAUUUGCAUGUUAGUUCAAGAAUCAUGAUCAAAUAUGAUGACACAGAACUAAAGAAGCAGCAGCUAAUGCUUCUCCACAUUGGAUUGUACCUUCUUAUCUGGGGUGAGGCUUCAAAUGUCCGGUUUAUGCCUGAGUGCUUAUUCUACAUAUUCCACCAUAUGGUAAAACAGUUGAAUCAAAUGGUUGAAGAAAGUUAUUUUCAACCACCACCUGGGUUUGAAGAGGAGGGAUCAUUCCUAAACAUUGUCAUUGAACCUAUCUAUAAGGUUCUGCAGAAGGAAUCACAAAGAAGUAAAGGUGGUACAGCUGGCCACUCAGCUUGGAGAAAUUAUGAUGACUUGAAUGAACAAUUCUGGUCAGAGAAAUGUUUUAUGAAGCUUGGCUGGCCAUGGGAUCUCAGUGCAGACUUCUUUCAUCAAGAGUUAUUCUUCUUAUGUGGUGGAUUCAGCCAAGAUUGUAUGUUGCACGUGGUAUGCAUGAGGACAUAUUGUCCAUUUUUAAGUAUGUCUUCUUUUGGGUCGUGUUGCUCACCUCCAAGCUUGCAUUUAGUUUCUAUGUUGAGUGGUCACUGUAAUAAUACUGAGCAACCACGACACGAUCUUAAGCAAGCGGAACACCGAAGGAGGAUCUUGGGGAUGACGGAGGCGUCGAUGACAACCUCAAAGGCGAGAGUGCCGCACAAUCUCGGUGUGGUCAUUACUAUAUGGGCACCAAUUGUUUUGGUGUACUUUAUGGACACACAAAUAUGGUAUGCUAUUUUCUCCACUGUCUUUGGGGGUGUUUCGGGUGCCCUUAGUCAUGUCGGUGAGAUACGUACCCUAGGCAUGUUGAGAGUCAGAUUCAAAUCAAUGCCAGAUGCUUUCAGGAAAUGUCACGUGGCAGCACAUAAAGAGCAAGCACUUGAUGUGAGGAGCUUCUUUUGUGUUUGGAAUUCAUUCAUCAAUUCCUUACGAGAGGAAGACUUCAUUAGUGAUAGAGAGAAGGACAUGUUGAUGGCUCCAUCGUCUUCAAGUAAUUUACCUAUUGUUCCGUGGCCUCCUUUCCUCCUUGCUAGCAAGGUACCAACAGCUCUCCAUAUGGCCAUGACUUCCAAAGAGGGGGAUGAACAUGAGCUGAUCGAAAAAAUCAAACUAGACAAGGACAGAUACAAUGCAGUUAUAGAAUGCUACGAGUCCUUGAAAAUAAUAGUUGUUUGUCUUCUGCUAGACUAUAAUGAUAAAAGAAUUGUCCAUGAUAUCGAUAAAAUAGUGCGAACUAGUAUGCAAAAUAACACACUUUUGGACGACCUCGAGAUGGCAGAGAUUGGUAAAGUCAGCAACACAUUGGCAAAAUUAUUACAGCUACUGGUAAACACUAAACACACUACUGGCAGAGAUUGGUUUAUUUUGUUAUAGUGCUAGUGCUAAUUUUUCAUACUGAACAAACUGUUUUGGUCUCAGUUUGUCCGGCUGCAUUUAUUGUUGACUAUGAAGGAUUCUGCAAUGGAUGUACCUACAAAUUUGGAUGCUCGACGUAGGAUCACCUUCUUCGCAAACUCACUUUUUAUGAAAAUGCCGAGAGCACCUCAAGUGCAUGAUAUGAUAUCCUUUAGUGUUUUGACUCCAUAUUACAAUGAGGAAGUACUUUAUUCAUCUCAUCAACUAAAUAGAAAGAAUGAAGACGGUAUCUCGAUUUUGUUUUAUCUACAAAAGAUUUAUCCAGAUGAAUGGAAGAACUUUCUACAACGCAUUGGAGUUGAUCCAGAUAACGAAGAUGAAGUAAAGGGAUGCAUGGAUGAUAUCCGUAUAUGGGCGUCUUACCGGGGUCAAACACUUGCCAGAACUGUGAGAGGGAUGAUGUACUAUAGACGAGCUCUUGAAGUGCAAUGCUAUGAGGAUAUGAAAAGUGAACAAGACCGGGCAACAUCGGGCAGGCCGGCAAUGAGGAUCCAAGCCGUGUCCAGGACCGCCACCGCCUUGGGAUCCCACUUCGGCUCGGAGAUGGCCACCACCAACUGGUUGAGAACCAAGGUGAUGUUGGCGCUGCCAGUGCAGUACCCCAUGCUGAUGGCGUCUGGGAAGACCAUCGUGAAGGUGGUACAAUUCCACUAUGGUCACCCUGAUGUUUUCGAUAGAAUCUUUCACAUCACAAGGGGUGGCAUAAGCAAGGCCUCAAAGGUUAUUAACCUCAGUGAGGACAUCUUUGCAGGAUUCAAUUCAACCCUGCGACAAGGAACUGUUACCCAUCAUGAAUACAUACAGUUGGGUAAAGGACGUGAUGUUGGAAUGAACCAAAUAUCCAACUUUGAGGCCAAGGUGGCAAACGGUAAUGGUGAACAAACUCUAUGUCGUGAUGUUUACCGACUAGGACACAGAUUCGAUUUCUACAGGAUGUUGUCUAUGUACUUCACCACAGUUGGCCUCUACUUCAAUAGCAUGGUGGCUGUUCUUACGGUGUAUGUAUUUUUAUAUGGGCGGUUGUAUCUUGUUUUGAGUGGCCUAGAAAAGUCGAUUCUCCAUGAUCCACGGAUUAAAAACAUCAAACCCUUUGAAAAUGCACUUGCCACCCAAUCGGUAUUCCAACUUGGGACGUUGCUCAUCCUCCCGAUGAUAAUGGAGGUCGGCUUGGAGAAAGGGUUUGGUAAAGCCCUGGCUGAGUUUAUAAUCAUGCAACUUCAGUUAGCUCCUAUGUUCUUCACUUUUCAUCUCGGGACAAAGACUCACUACUAUGGAAGGACUAUACUUCAUGGUGGUGCAAAAUAUAGAGGAACAGGCCGGGGUUUUGUUGUACGCCAUGCGAAAUUUGCUGAGAAUUACAGAAUGUACUCACGGAGCCACUUUGUGAAAGCAUUGGAGCUGCUCAUCCUCUUGGUUGUUUAUCUAGCAUACGGGAGUUCUUACAGGAGCUCGAGUUUGUAUGUAUACGUCACAAUUUCGAUGUGGUUCCUUGUUUUCUGCUGGCUGUUUGCACCUUUUAUCUUCAACCCAUCAUGCUUUGAGUGGCACAAGACGGUUGAUGACUGGACUGAUUGGUGGAAGUGGAUGAGCAAUAGGGGUGGUAUUGGGCUGGCACCUGAGCAAAGUUGGGAGGCUUGGUGGGUGAGUGAACAUGAGCACCUAAAGAAUGGAACAAUACGUAGCUUGCUCUUGGAGCUGGUUCUGUCGCUGCGCCUCCUGAUCUACCAAUAUGGUAUUGUGUACCACUUGCACAUAGUGCACGAGAACAAAAGCUUCAUGAUAUAUGCACUAUCGUGGCUGGUUAUUGGCAUCGUUCUUGUUUUGCUAAAGGUUGUUUCACUGGGGAGAGAGAAGUUUGUUACCAAGUUUCAGCUUGUGUUCCGUAUACUCAAGGGCAUUGUGUUUCUUGUCCUCAUCGGCUUGAUGGUGGUCUUAUUUGUUGGUUUUGAUCUCGCUGUGUCAGACGUUGGCGCCAGUGUCUUGGCCUUCAUCCCAACUGUCUGGUUUAUUCUUUUGAUGGCACAAGUGUGUGGACCGCUGUUUCGGAGGUUAGUGAUUGAGCCACUUGGCGUGCUGUGUUGCUCCUGCUGCCCUGGUGGAGCAUGCCGAGGGCCUUGCUGCGCCAAGUUGAGGCAGAGUGGGGCUGUGCUCUAUAAGAUAGGGCCAUGGGACUCCAUCCAAGAGAUGGCAAGGAUGUACGAGUAUACCAUGGGGAUCCUCAUCUUCCUGCCCAUCGCCGUCCUCUCGUGGUUCCCCUUCAUGUCAGAGUUCCAGACGCGUCUGCUCUUCAACCAAGCCUUCAGCCGGGGCCUGCAGAUCUCGAGGAUCCUCGCUUACCAAGCGUGAAUGACUUUGCUUGCUUGCAAACCACCCUGCUCUGUCUGUAGCGUGCAUAUUCACGGCGUUAUUAUAUUGUAUUGUUGAUUUGGAACUUUGGAAGGAUGCAUUGGAGCAAUAUCUGAUUUGUUCUCACCGUUGAACCAAAACUAAAAGAAAGCUACACAUUUGCUUUUCCAUUA